AUGGCCGAGGAGUCCAGCAAACCCGUUAAGUACUACACCCUGGAAGAGAUCCAGAAGCACAACCACAGCAAGAGCACCUGGCUGAUCCUGCACUACAAAGUGUACGAUUUGACCAAAUUUUUGGAGGAGCAUCCUGGUGGGGAGGAAGUCUUAAGGGAACAAGCUGGAGGUGAUGCCACUGAAAACUUUGAGGACGUUGGACACUCUACAGAUGCUCGAGAAUUGUCCAAAACAUUUAUCAUUGGGGAGCUGCACCCGGAUGACAGAUCAAAGAUAACCAAGCCUUCGGAAAGUAUUAUUACUACCAUUGAUUCUAAUUCCAGCUGGUGGACCAACUGGCUGAUCCCAGCCAUCUCAGCGCUGGUUGUAGCCCUGAUGUAUCACCUCUACACUUCGGAAAACUAA